CCAAUCCAAAGGUGGCGGGGAAAAAUGGAUGGCGGCAGCCGCGGCAAGAAGCGCAAGUUGCAAGAGAUGGCUGAGCGGCAGGGGAACCUGCGUGCUUCGCCGGCCCAGGUCGAAGCUUUAUUGGGCUUCAUGGAGGAGCUUCCGGAGCUCGGGCGGCGAGGCAGUGUUCCCUUCAAAAACGCUCUCUUCUACCAGUUGGUCCGAGAGCUGAACGCCGCCGGCCCCGCCGUCAAGACGACGAAGCGAUGGCAGCGCUUCUGGGCCAGCCUGGUUUCCACUGCCAAGCGGAAGGCCGCCGACUUCAGCAGUAGCGGUGGGACAGGCGGGAAUGCCGUGCCUGGGGAUGUGGGCCGCAUUGUCAGCAUUAUUGGCCGUGACGCAGUGGAAGGCUGUGGGGCUCCCAUGCUGCCGGGGCCACAGGAUGCACCGUCACCCGCCAAGGCAGCAAGGAGCACGUUGGUUUGUGAGGUGGCCGGAACAAGUAACACAUCCGUUCAGGGCCAGCCAGCCAGUCGCCCUUGGUGUCCCCCCGCAGCACCGGGUCUGCCGUGUGGGGUGCCUGACGAGAUGGCAGAGCAGUAUGUGAGGGACCAGCGGCGCCUGGUGGAGCUCUUGGAGACUGGGUUUGCUGCCUCGGAGCAGGUCAUGGAAGGGCUGCACAGCGACCUGAGGCAGCAGACCAUGGCCAUCAGGGAGCUGUCCACGGGCCUACUUCAGAUGCUGCGGGUUUUGGCCGCCUCCGCCACACAGCAGCACGGCUCGUCUGCACGAUUCAGGCCCUCCACCCCACCUCCAGAUUGAGUGACCCAGGCCGGUUUACAUAUGCAGCAUUGACUGCUGUCAGCACUAACUCAACACUGAGUUAGUGCUGCAUUUCCUGUGAGCAGGAAAAAGCCAGGUCUCGUGCAUCAGAGUGCCGAUACAUCACUAAUGUCAUACAAGGUCACCGCUGCGCUUUCCAUGUGAACAGGCCUUAAAGGCUCUUGUGGUUUUAAAGCGGCAGCCUUAUAAGGCCAACCAACCUCCGGAACCACGUAAGCACGAAAUGUGUAGGUCGGUGAGUCCUUAACUAACUGCUAAUCGAUCUUGAAAAGACAGCAAUCACUGCCAGGUAUUGAACCUUGGGUCAGCGGCGUGGAAGCUGAGUGCUCUGCUAAAAAGGAACAGGAGGAGGAAGAGCAGGUGGUGUGAGAAAGCCCACAGAGCGGAGAGGAGUAGAAAGGGCAAGAAACAAAGGAGCAUAUAGAGACGGUGUAGAAAGAGCGCACAGAACAAGGAGUGGGAAGGGCAGGAAAGCGCGCUUCCCCUUUCUUGGUGACCCAGAAAAUUCAAUGCAAAGGCUUUGUAUGCGGGUGGUACUGAAGGGAAGUGCACGCAGCGUCACAAAGAGACAGUGGUGCAAUGUAAUCUUCUUCUAUACAGAUCCCCGCCCUAGGCACCGCCUUAACUAGGAGCAUUGCCCUCCCCAGGCACUGAAAAUACAAGGGUCAUCCUGCCCUGGCACCACCCGAACUGAGAGCAACACCCACCCCCUAAAGCUACCGCCUUUGAACGCAUUCGGCAAAAUGACCAAACAUGCAAACAAUUUUUCCGAGCUACCCAAACUAACUACAUUUCUGGAACCCCAGUUUUGCUCUUCUUGGUGCGCUAUUUAUGAUAUUUGAAUUCAGAAUUGGUAUAGAGAUAAUGGCAAAGGAAAGUGAUGCCAAAACCAGCAUUCCAAUUUCCUCGCGCUUUCCACUGGAGUGACGUCGCAUCUUCUAAAGCUUGCAGGUCAAGAAAGCAGUCUGAAAUACACAGUGUGUCACACAGUGUGUCACACAGUUUUUUUUUUGUUCUGCUUGAGCAAUCUUCCAGAGCAUUUGUUUCACAGCAUCAUACUUGUAACCUGUCAAAACGGGUUGUACUGCUUAAAUUACAUCUGCCGUGACAUUUUCAGUGUUGCCAAUAGAGACUUUCAGUUCGAGAAAAAAAACAAAAAAAAAAAACAAUGAGAACCAAAUUUGAGAAUUCGAUGACUUCGCAGAAAAAUAUAAUUUGACCUAUAAUUAGGGUUACCAGUUCAGCUGUGUCAGUUGAUGUGUUGAAACAAUUUUGAGGCAAAUCAGUGGCCAUCGAAGUUUUGCCAGAGCUUCCUUGUGGCACUCCAUAGAUUUUUUGUUUAAAUUUUAGCAUAAAAAUUAAAAAAAAAAAAAAAAAAACUUAGCUUUUUUUUUUAAUUUUUAUGCUUUGCUCUUUCCUUCUUGCUUCUUAAUAUCUUCAUAUUCAGAGUAGCUGUUGAAAAAUCUGUAGGCAAAUGCGGCGGAAAUGUCGAUAUUCAAAUUUCCUCACACUUUCCGGUGGCAACACAUCAGUGCCAGGCAGGCUUGAAGGUCGAGCAGGCACUUUAAACGGUCUGUGAAAUUCGGUUUCUUGGCGAUUUGUGCUGUGACUUGCGGCAGGGGUGCAGCUAGGCAGUGGAAGCUUGGAGUAAAAAUAUUAACGAAUGAACUUGUCUCAUUAGAAAAAAAUAAGAGAAGAACCUGUUUUGAGCAGUCUAUGAUUGCAUCUGCAGACGGUGCCAUAACAGUGCUUGCCAACUAGUAAGUGUUGCGGAAAGAUGGCACUAUCUGAGGUAUGAGAGGAUGUGGAACCUCGUUCGAUCAUCUCUGCACGAGAAAUUAGGGGCUCUGAGUGAAAUACCUCUCUUCGUAUUUAGUUUCUUCAAAAGAAAGUUCCCUCACUUUUCAAAUCGUACAUUACGGAGAUGCACGCCACAUUGAGAGAGCUUAGUCAAUUGGGGUGUGUGUAUGUUUAUACAGCCUGAACUUAGUCUGCCUCAACGGACGACUUGUCUCUCAAAUUAGUCUGUGCAGUACAACCGCUAGCCUGGGGUCUUUAACGUGCAUCACGCAGUAGUGAUACACAACCGCACGCCGGUACGAUGAGGGCGUAGUCAAAACUUUCGGAAGACUGUCUGCCAAGUUUAAUGCCGAGGCAUCAUCGACACUUUCGACAUCUGUCAACAGCAUUGCACAGACGGUAUGCAUUGUCUGCAAGUGCUGCCAUAAAUUGCUCAAAACUAGGGGUGUGCAAAUAUUCAAAACCUUGAAUACUUUGCGAAUAAUGCUUGGUAUUCGAUUCGAUUUGCUUCACACUUUUGCUGUUAGAAGUAUUCGAGUUCUUCGAAUACUUCGAAAAAUACAAAUAACGCGGAACACGCUGAUUAGUGUCAACCCGUUGUCGAGUUUCCUCUUUUGUUUUUGGACUGCGCAGUAUGGUUUCGAGUAUAGCAAACCCCAAAAAAACCGACCUAAGUUCCUUUUUCUUUUGUAUGAAGCACUGGAAAGUCAUCUGCACGCUGUAGCGUGAUCUGUCCUUUGCUUGCCAUGAUAUCUGGAUUGCGGAGUUGGCGAAGUGGUCGUGGCGCAAACGAUGCGAUAGAUAUGAUGAAGGACUACGAUUUGCAAUGGCACGGGCAUCGUCGUGAGCACGAAUGUGACGGACCACACUUACUACAGUCCUUCCUACAGUCAACAGUAGCCAAUGUGCUAUGGAUUCGGAUAUGGAUUUACGGCUGACCUCGGCUAUCGGCAAUAUCUGGCUCGUCUUACGAUCCGCUUGAUUUUCCGUUUCCUCAGUUUGCCAGUUUUCCUUUUGUUAUUUAUUUCUACUCGUUUUCACUGGUAAAAGUGACAGACUGUCUUACUCCACCAAGUAAAAGCCAUAUUCUUAAUUUAUUGUUUCUUUGUGGCGCCCUCUCUCGGCAGAACUAUUGCAUACGGAAAGAGAUUGCGCAAAGUAUGUGUGGCUGCGCGGCGCAGUUGCACUAUCUCCUACUCUAUUGUGGCCUUUUGACCUGCCACUGCUUGUGUACUUCUGUUUACGUUCACAUGGUAGCGUUCACACGCAUAAAAAGAGAUUGCACAUAGUCAAUGCAGCUGCGUGACGUGAUCUUCGACUUAGUAUUGUGGCCUGCCCACUUGCCAAAUCUUGUGUACUUUUGUUUACGUUCACGUGGUUGCGUUCACCUGCGAUGCGAUCUCCGACUGCGUUGUGGUUUGCCGACCCGCCUCCAUUGUGUACUUCCAUUUACAUUCUGUAACUUCACUCCUUCAAUGGUGUUUUACUGACUGAUCUUUUCUUUCAUCCAUUUUUUUUCAGUCACAUGUGUGACAUUUUUCUUAUUGCAAUAAAAGUAACCUUUUCAUAUAUGUUUGUCGAAAAAAAAAAUUCCAGUUGUGUUUUGAUUGGGCAUUCUUGUUUAAUUCACAUCAGACAGAAAACAUUUGUUUUAAAAAAUGUUCUCAUUUGAAACUACUACAUUCGAAUCUCAUUAUUCGAACUCGAGGGGGACCGAAAAUUUGUUUGAAUUAAACAGAGUUUGAAUUAAAGAAAGCUCAUUAAAUGAAGUGCUUAUGUGCAGCGCUGUGUUUGGCGGCACAUGUGCACUGGGCUAACACAUUAGUGGCGAGUUCCUGGACAUUUAUUUACACCGAUCGCCAACGGAAGUAAUCCGUGAUGCAUGCCUAUGCGUGGUUCCUCAGUCGUGAAUCAACAAACAUCGCUUGGAGCUUGGGGACUAGCUCUAACGCGGCAUCAGCAUUCUUUUGGCACGAGAAGUAGUGCGUGGUUGUGUCCAGCGCUGACGUUACGUCAGUUGCACUGGGGGGGGGGGUGCAUUUCUUCGCUGACAUCAGAAUCUUCGCCACAUAGGGCUGAAGGGUCUUCAGAUGUGGCCUGUUGAAGCCACGUAGCCUGAAUGAUCUCGGUGUCAGUUAUCCAUGACGCUUGGAAUCCAGAUAACGUCAGUCGCACGCCCACCGAAAACAUUCUGAAGCUCAGCAACGGACAAGUGCAAGGCAAGGAACGUAACUGUCGCGCUCCCACUGAAAACAUGCCGAAGCGCAGCAACGCGCGAGUGCAAGGCAAGAAACGUAACUGUCCGUGCCCACCUAAAACAGGCCGAACUGCAACACAGUCGCCGUACGAAAGGCAACAGCCGCUGCCACCACCGCACUGCUCAUCGCAGCAUUCAAAGUCGCAGGUCACUAUGUCAUCGGUUGUCAUGGUUACUUGGAGCUGAAGUCAAGAAGCGCUGCCGCAUGAGUUAGCCCGCUCCUGAGAGCAUGGUGGGCAGCACAGGAUGUUAGAAUUAACCGGCGGCGAACGCU